CGAGAGAGGAUGAAAGAGAGAAAAUGGCAAUGACGGUUUGUAGGGCAGGCAUUUGCUAAGAGCUGGGGAGUGAAGGAAAGGCAGAUAUAGGCAAAAAGAGUCAAAGAAAGUGAGAAGAAAUAGAAAGGAAACAGGAGGUGAAAAGAAGUGAAGAGAAGAGACAAAAGGGAAGGAGUUACAGGGGAAAAGAGAGCAUCAGAAGCAACUAUAGGUUGACGUGUCACCAUGACAACAGAAGCGGGCUCUGAGACAGAGGUGAAGGAGAAAGCCGAGGAGUCAGCCGCUCAGCCGGACCAAUCAGAGACGGCCCCGGAGGAAACCCAGGAAGCAACCAACGCUGAGGGAGAGGAGAAGGAGAAGGAGAAGCAGAAGGAAAAAGAGGGGAAAGAAGGAAAAGGAAUAGGUCGAUACCUGCCAACAUGGCUUAAGAAGCAAAAGUCUCAGAGCCAGACCUCCCCGACCAAGGAGGUGCCGACCACAGAAGAAGCAGCUGACGAGGUGACACAGGAAGGGGACGGGCCUGUCCCAGAAGUAAACGGUCACGCAGAGGAAGUGGAAGAGAAGGAGGCAGUAAAGUCAGAGGAAGUCAAGGAAAAAGAAGCAGAGUCUCAUUCCACCGCCAGCGCAGACACUGAGCCUGCAAAGGAGGAGAAGGUGGAAGAGAGUCCUGAGAAAAGUCCUGAGGAGACUACAGUGCCAGCAGAGGAAGAGGGAGCAGAGGAGCAGAAGAAGGAGCAGGAAGGAGAGGUGGAAGCUGAGGCUGAAGCAGAAGUAGGAGAAGGAGGAGGAGGAGGAGAAGGCCAGACCUCAAUUUUCCAGUCUCCUCUUCGUCUGGUGAGGAAGAACAAGAUGAAGCUGGUGGUGUGUCACGUGACCCUCCUGGACGGGAGCGACUUUACCUGCGAGGUGGAGAAACGUGCCAAGGGCCAGUACCUUUUCUUUAAGGUUUGCGAGCACCUUAACCUAAUGGAGAAAGACUACUUUGGACUGUCAUACAAGGACAGCCAUGAACAGAUGUGUUGGUUGGAUCCCACGAAGGAAAUCAAGAGACAGAUACGCAGUAACAACUGGCAAUUUGCAUUCAACGUCAAGUUCUACCCUCCCGACCCCUCACUGCUCACUGAAGACAUUACCAGGUACCUGUUGUGUCUGCAGCUCCGUGAAGAUGUGGCUUCAGGGCGGCUGCCGUGCUCUUUCGUUACUAACGCUCUGCUGGGCUCAUACACAUUGCAGGCAGAAUUUGGAGACUAUGAACCCGACCAGCCUCGUCCUCUGGACAACGUCAGUCAGCUGACCUUUGCGCCCAAUCAGAACAAAGAGAUGGAGGAGAAGAUUCUUGAACUCCACAAGUCUCACAGGGGAAUGACACCAGCACAGGCCGACAUCCAGUUUCUAGAAAAUGCCAAGAAGCUGUCAAUGUACGGGGUGGAUCUGCACCAUGCUAAGGACUCUGAGGGCGUGGACAUCAUGCUAGGUGUGUGCGCCAACGGACUCCUGGUUUAUAAAGACAGGCUCCGGAUAAAUCGUUUCGCUUGGCCCAAAAUACUCAAGAUUUCAUACAAGAGGAACAACUUCUACAUUAAGAUCAGACCAGGAGAGACGGAGCAGUUUGAGAGCACGGUGGGAUUCAAACUCCAGAAUCAUCGAUCUGCCAAAAGGCUGUGGAAAGUCUGCGUGGAGAACCACAGUUUCUUCAGGUUGAAUGCUCCAGAACCUCCCACCAAGGCCCGCUUCCUCACCCUGGGCUCCAAGUUCCGUUACAGCGGGCGGACCCAGGCCCAGACCCGCAUGGCCAGCUCCCUCAUAGACCGACCAGCACCCAGCUUUGAACGCACCUCAUCCAAACGUAUCAGCCGCAGUCUGGAUGGAGCACCAGCAAUCAGCAUAACUGAAGCCACAUCUGAGAACGGACGUGAGCCCCACCUGGAGCUCCACUCUGACUCUAAGGUUAAGGAGGUGGACUUAAGCCCUGGUGAUGCGGAGGCUACACCCACCCAGUCACUUGGAGCCAGUGAGCUCGCCCUCUCUCAGGACCAUGAUAAGACCCAAGAAGACGUUCUGAAACACCAAGCUAGCAUUAGCGAGCUAAAACGCUCCUUUAUGGAGGCGCCACCUCCCUCUCCUCCUCAGCCCAACCAGUGGGAGAAACGUCUCACCUCCUCUCCCGCUACAACGAUACGUAUUCAACAGCAACAGCAAGUGAGCCUUGAGGAGGAGAUUGCUUCUGUACUUUUCAGUAGACACUCCGCAGGCUUUUGUUCAGCUCCAUCUGGCUGCAGUAUUCUCAAACCGACUCUAGAUGCUGAUAUAACCACAUCUCCUUCUCCUGCUUCCACUGCUGUCUGCAGUGCCAGCGCUCUGCUUCUUUUCCCCCCAACCGCUACACUCUCUGCCACUGAGGAGAGCGAGCCCCAAACGGAAGCAGCUGCUCCUGAUAACACGAUCUCUGAUACCAAAGAACCUGCAAAGACAACUGAAGUUGAAAUCGAAGAAACCGUUGUCGUCCAAGAGGUUUCCAUAGCACCCAAACCAGGACUUGUCACUGUUACAAGCAGCUCCCCUGCUGGCCCACCUGCUCCAGAGCAGGAAACGAGGGAGCAGGAAGUGGCAGCGAAGGAAGAGGAAGUAGUAGUGGUAGCGGAGAAGGAAGCAAAAGCGGCAAAGCAGGAGAGCAUUUCAUCGGAGAGCGAGAGCGAAGAAGAAGCCGAGUACCAUCCAAAUGUCUCCGUAUCCAUCUGUCAGAUACCAGAGGAGAAGGAGGAGGAGGAAGAGCAGCAGCAGCAGCAGCAAGUGGAGGAGAAGGAGAAGGAGCAGGACAUGUCUGCUCCUUCCCUUCCAGCUGAAGUGAGCCAACCUGUAGAGGAAACGAAUCAAGAGGAAGAGGAGCCCAGGAAAGAGGAAGCGGAGAAGAUGAGGAAUGUAGAGGAGCUGAAAGAAGCUGAGGAGAGCACAGAUGAUCCCAUGAUGACUCCUGAAGAAGCUCCUAACGGUCACAGCCUGCCGGAGGAGAGCUUCACCGACACGGCCGCCCCUGCAGAGGAAGAGGAAGAGCCUAAAAUGAACGGAGAAGCCUCUCUGGUCGAAGCAGAAGCCCGGCCACAGGUUAUUUGUUGCUCUGAGCCACCUGUGGUAAAGACAGAAAUGGUGACUAUAUCAGACACGUUUGCAGCCCAGAAAACUGAGAUAGCUACAAAAGAAGUGCCCAUCGUACAUACGGAAACCAAGACCAUCACAUACGAAGCUGCACAGUUGGAUGGUAAUGGCGAUGGGGAGCCCGGAGUGUUGAUGACUGCUCAGACAAUCACAUCUGAAUCUCUGUGUACUACCACAACCACACACAUUACCAAGACGUUAAAGGGCGGCCUAUCGGAGACGAGGAUCGAGAAACGCAUCGUCAUUACUGGCGACUGUGACAUCGACCACGACCAGGCACUGGCCCAGGCCAUUAAGGAGGCCAAAGAGCAACAUCCUGACAUGUCUGUUACCAGAGUGGUGGUUCAUAAAGAAACUGAGCUGGCUGAGGAGGAGGAUUGACUGAACUCAGAGCUGAAGGGCCCAUCGUGACUGUUUUCUCUGUUGACGUUGAACGACUUCCAUCACCCUACGACAACCAACCUUGACUGACUGAAGAGGAAGAGGAGAAGAGGAAGAACAGAACGGGGUAGACAGAUGGAGAGAAGUCGCCGGUCUCUUCCCAGUCGGUCUUUCUUACAUGUCUGUGGUGCAUUUAAAUCCCCUCACUCCAAAACCAAGAAAAAGAAAAAUAACAUCCUCACUCUUUCUGAGGGAACAAAAAAGAACCACUUUGUUAGCUUAACAUUUGUAGCGUGUUUUUAUUUUUUAAUAGUGCUUUUUUUUUUUUUCUUUUAACUGUACAAAACGAGAGAUAGAGUCUGUCAUGUAUCGCAAACUUAAACGCUGCAGGGAUGCACUGAUAACCAAUCCUCACCAGAUAUGAGACUAAAAUAACCAGUAAUGCAAUCACUCACAUAAAAAUUAAAGAAAUGUUGCUUCUUUUUUUUUUCACGGAUAAAAAAGACGCUGGUGAUCUCAAAGAGAGAAAGCGUUUUAUCUUGAUUUUAGUCUUGAAAUAAUGAAUUUGAAACUGAAGUUUUGUACUGUAUCAACAGUGGAAAAGUGGUAUUGGUGCAUUCCUUAAAAAAAAAAAAGUAAUUUGUUAAAUUACAGCUCCCUCCCUCUCACUUCAUGACAGUGUAAAUAGAGGGUAACAUAUUAUAAUACAGUCAUUUCAACAUUUUUACAAUAACAAAUAGGACUGCAAAAAAAAACAAACAGGGACACACAACCUGGUCUUUUUGUGAUCGUUUCUUUUUUUUUACUUUUUUCAAAUCAAACAGUCUUAAAAUACAUUCACAGUCAGAUGAAUUGUAGAACCAGCACAUUUUUUUUUAUUACUAACAAUUACAGAAGAUAGGGAGCUGUAACUUAAAAUAUUGCAGUCAAAAACAAUCAACCAGGUUUUUUUUUUUUUUUUAAUGAUUCUGUCUUUUUUCUGUAAGUAUAGUUCUUAUUCAUCCACAUUCCUUGUGUGUUGACUAGCGGCUGAGUGAGUUCAUUUUCAGUUCAGUUCACCUUUCACUAAGAAGAGAAGGCUUUUACAUUACAGUCGGGGGGAAUUAAAGAAAUCUUAAUUCAGUGGGUUUGACAUAAAUUAAGCUGAAGAAGCCAAAUGAUGCUGGUGGAGUUGAUUCCUUGUGAUAUAUUUUACUGUAUUUUAUAGUUAAUUUUUACUAAA